GCACAAUGGAGUCCCACAUUCAUAGCCCAUGCCCCAUUGGUAUCGUAGUUUUUUCCGUGUCGCCAGCCAGUUAUCAAGUAGCACAGAUGUCGCUGCUCCGUCUAUAUCUUCUGGUAGUCGGAGGAUAUUUCAGCUGCUGCCUGGCCGCCUAUGUGCUGCGCGUGGAUAAUUUCACCUUCGUUGUCGAUGAUCCCACGAUAAUCCUCUCUCAAAGUGCUUUCGCCGAGCAGGAGCAGAACCGCAGCUAUCUGUCGGGACAUAUGAUCUUCAAUCGAUCGCUAAACGAGAUCAUGCUGCGUGCUUCAAUGAAUAUCAGUCGUCCUCGACUGCCGGAGUUGCGACUCUUCGAUGUUAAAUUGAAUGUCUGUCAUGUCAUCAGCAAUGUUUACAAGAAUCGCUUUGUCAAAAUAUUCUACAAUAGUUAUGCCUCAUUUCUCAACAAUAAACCCCUAUGUCCCAUUAAGACGAACUUCAACUACACCCUGACGCGCGCCUAUUUGAACGAAGAAGUUCUGCCCGAGCUCCUGCCGCAAUGCUCCUUCUGCAUGAAGCUAAUUUUUCAUCACAAGUCCAAGCCACUGGCUCACAUGCAACUGGAUGGCCGAUUGAGUAGGGCCUGAUGGCAGUACAUAUAUUGGAUUAUCAGUACUAGCCCCAUCGAUUUGGGGCAUGGAAAAUUGGUUUUGGGAUCAUUGGCAACUCAAUAAACUGGAGAAAAACAAAAUUUCAGCCAAUUUCAA